AUGUAUAGAAAACCGUUAAUACAUUUAUCAGAAAGGCAAAAGAGGAAUUUGAGACAACAAAUAAAAACGGGUAUUUUGAACUUAACAAGUGUUAAAUCUCCAAUACCAAAAACACAGGAUCUUAUUGCUGGCACUUCUAAAACUUGUAGUUCUAUAUCUAAUCCUGAUGUAGCUGAUUCCAUAGAUAAUAUUUUUGUGAAUACAACACUUGUGGAUAGUAGUUUUGGUACCACAUCACCAGAAAUAUCAUCUGAGGAAUCAGACGAAGAACAAACAAAAUGUUUGUGUGGUGAUUGUCGAGCCAGUAUGUCAACAGAACUAAUUAGUAAUUUAAACGACUGGGUACUUGAAUGUAAUAUUGCUCUUAUACAUGUAACUAAAUUAUUGAAAAUUUUAAAAAACCACAAUUUAAAUGUACCUGGUGAUGCACGAACCCUUUUAAGUACGCCACGUAAUCUUGAAGUUAUGAAUUUGGAUCCAGGAAGUUAUUACCAUAUGAAUUUAAAAGAGUCUGUGUUAAAAGAUCUAAAUUCAUUACCCAAAGAUGUGGAUAUUCCCUUAACUUUAAAAUUAAAUGUUAACGUUGAUGGGUUACCAUUAACAAAAAGUUCGGGUAGUCAAUUUUGGCCAAUUUUGGGUUGGUUAGAACCGAAUACAUUUAAAGAAAUUAAAAUGGUUCCAUUUGUUAUUGGAAUAUAUCAUGGUUUUCAUAAACCAAAAUCUUCUAAUGAUUUUUUAAAGAUGUUUGUAGAUGAAUAUAAUUUUAUUAAAGAAUCUGGCAUAGAUUGGAAUGGUAAAACAAUUAAAAUUGAGUUGAAUGCAUUUAUCUGUGAUACCCCAGCUAGGGCAUUCAUAACGCAGACAAAAGGUCAUAAUGGUUACCAUGGAUGUGGCAAAUGUACACAGGAGGGUGAUUUUCUUAAUAACCGAAUGACCUUUUGUCAGUUAGGUUACCCACUACGAACUAAUAAAUCAUUUCGAGAAAAAGAGGAUGAAGAUCAUCACUUGGGUACAUCUAUUUUGGAAAAACUUGAUAUAGAUAUGGUGUCUCAGAUUCCUCUAGAUUAUAUGCAUCUUGUUUGUCUUGGUAUUAUGAAACGACUUUUACAAUUCUGGCACAAAGGCAAGCAAGAUAUGAACUUUGCAGUUGUAAAAUUUUUAAACAAUGAUGGUGAUGAAGAAUUAUUUUCCGAAGUGCCAUCAAAUUGGCUGACAAAAAAUAAUUCACAUUGUUAUUGGCCUCCAAAACAUCACACCCUCUACAUAAGCAAAAUGUUUCCUCCCCAGGAGGAUUGGGAUGAGUAUGAAGUAGAGGUAGAAUGCUUUUGUGAAACAUAUGCAGAGGCCAAACAAAAGGCUGAAGGCACCCAAAACACCCAAAAUGAAAGCCUAGAAGGAAGGGGGUGUAGAAUACCUAAACCGCGCGAUUAUUUUAGUCCCGCUGAGGAAGAAAUGCGGGCAAAAAAAUUAAAGGGGAAAAAAACAAUAAGUGAAGACAACAUAAAUUUUAAUUCAUUUUUAAAGAAUUUAAAUGAAGAAAGCCAAGAAAUAAUUGAAAACCAUGAAACUGCACCACAAAUAAUUUAUAUUGAGGAUAAAGAUUCAGAUAUAUUAAGAGAGUUUAAGAUGACAAAUCCAACUCAAGAAAAUACUAUAGAUGAAGGAUUACCAAAAAAUCUAUUUGAAAAUAAUGAAAAAAAAAUUGAUAAAAUAAUUAAUUUGUUAGCAGAAAUUAAGUUAGAUAUUGUUGAAAUCAAGGAAAGGAUGGAUGUUAGCUUUCCUCAAAAAGAAGAAGAAAUUGAAAUUUCAUUAAGUUUUCCUUUAAAAAAUUUGACGGAGUUAGAAAGUUUCGAGGAACAGUUAAAAACAGACAAAUCAAUUUUAAAGUCAUAUCAAAAAUUUAUUAAAACAAUUGGAGGGCAUGAUCACAAAGAUUUUGUGAGCAGAUUUUGUAAAAAAUUAUUAACAAAUUCAUUAGCAGAAUGUUGCUCAUGGUUGGGCAGAAAAAAUAACUAUGCCGUAGGCAAUUUGGAAAUUACCAACCAGGCAUUUGGUAUAAUUCACCAAAAAACCAAAUGCACACGAAAGGACUAUGAAACAACUUUUGCCGAAUGGCUAAGGCAUGCUAAACAGAGAAGACUUAGGGAGGAAACUAAGAAUAACUAGUCAUAAAAAUAUUUUUAUACAUAUAGAUUUUGUCGAGUCAAAAUUCGUCAGGGUGUCUUGUUUUUCACAUCAUCACGAAAAUUAAUUUCUUCAUAUGAAUGUGAAUGCAUUUCUUAAAACAGUUCUUUUAUACCUACAUGUUUGAUUUGAUUUUAUCUUUUUUAUGAAUAACAAAAAUAUUAAGAAACUAUUUGAUGGACUUCCUGUUCACAUUAAUAAAAUAAUUUUUGUUAGAGAUGAAGGUGAUUUUCGUCAUGGAGUGAAAAAUCGAGGGAUCAUAUGUCGAAUUUUGACUUAUACCCAAAGCGAACAUAAGCGAAAUUACUGUUUUGAAAGGUCGCAAACGUUUAAAACAAUAGUUUUGCUCGCGUUCGUUCUGGUAAAUGAUAUGGGACCUAUAUCAAAUUAAAAUCAGUUGUACUUUUAUCAAUUUGCGCGAAAGUUCUUUCCCUGUAUUUUCAGAAAGGUAUGGGUUUCAUGUCUGUAAGAUUAGCAUGCCUGUAAAAUUAGUAUGCCAAAAAUGGCCACUUAUGUUUUAUUUAUGGUAUUUUGUUUCGUUUUAUUAUUUUGUUGUUUGGAGAAUAUUGAGGUUUUUAAUAUUAUAAAUAUUAUACAGGGUGCCCAGAAAAUACAUGUAUAACAAAGAAAUAGGUCAAUUUUAGCCAAGUUAGUUAUAUCAAAAAAUGCUUUGUUUAGCUUUAAUGAGUAAUGGGUUAUCAACCAAUUUUGAUUCCAAGAGUCAUCAAACAUUGUACAAGUAUUUUCUGGACACCCUGUAUAUAUAAUACAAUUUUUGUUACGUUGUAAUUACUUUAAAGUACCUGAAUAUAAUUUAAAUUUUAUUUUUUUGCUUACUAAAACUUACAUAGGGAUUGAGCAAAUU